AUGAUGAAGAAAUUUGAAUAUUGGGUUUUAAGACUAAUCGAGUUUUCGAUCAUCUGCCUCUUCAUUUUUGUUCCAUCCACUUCUGCAGAUGAAGGCAGCUUUGUGAGCAUUGCGUGCUGCGCUGAAUCGAAUUACACAGAUAGCAGAAACAUUAGUUGGAUAUCAGACUUUAAUCAGUUUCCGAAUACCACAGGCUGUCACACAAGAGUUCCGUCAAAGGCAGACUAUUCCGGUUACAACAGAAGUAGAGUAUUCUACCAAAAUUCAAACCAGAAAAGAUGUUAUAAGCUAUCAACAAAAAAGGGUGAAGACUAUCUGAUUAGGGCUACAUUUCUAUUUGGACACAUUUGGAGCUCUAGUUUUUCAGUUUCGGUUGGUGUGACCCCAAUUGGUGUCGUAGAUUCGUCAGAGGACUCAGCAGUUGUUGAAGGGAUUUUUCGAGCUACCGAGGACAAUACAUACUUAUGCUUGGUGUAUGGCAAGGGAACUCCCUAUAUUUCAGAGGUUGAGUUGAGGCCUCUGCAGGGAUUGAAAUAUUAUUUAGAGGACUUCCCUUCAAGUGUUCUGAAAUUGGUUACAAGAAGUAGUUUUGCAAUUACAAAAGAUGAUAUCAGGUAUGCUUUCUAUUUGAUUUCUUCAAAGCCAAGGAACAAGGGUGUUAGCUUAAAGUUAUUAUUAUGUGUAAAUUUCUUAUUUAACAAUAUAUUAUUUAACCAAACAUUUAAACAUGGCAAAGUUCAAAGUUGCUCUCCUAUGAUAUUUUUUGGGUUGGUAAUUUUCAGGUACCCAAAUGACACAAGUGACAGAAUUUGGAAAUCACAUCCAAGUGCCGACUCAGGAACUGGAACCUACUACUUAUCACAACCCAACGUCUCCAUUUCCGGCAACGCCACCGCGUCUCCGCCUCGGCAAGUCCUGCAAACAGCUCUAGCGGCUCCAGACCAACUGCUCCUUCUCCACAAUGGCCUUCCCACAGAAAGUUACCAGUACCUCGUGUUCCUCUACUUCUACGAGGUCGAUCGGACCGUCCAAGCUGGCCAGAGGGUGUUCGACAUUUUCCUCAACGAUGAGCUGAAAGAGCGGAGAUUUGACGUCUCGGGAAAUGGGUCCAACUACAAGGAGCUUUCUUUCACUGUCACGGCAAAUGGGUCUCUGAAUUUGACUCUGGUUAAGGUCUCCGGGUCGGAAAAUGGACCCAUUUGCAAUGCUUAUGAGAUCUUGAAGGUGCUUCCAAGGCGUCCAGAGACUAAUAAAAGUGAUGUGGAAGUGAUUUUGGAGGUGAAAAAUGAGGUGCUGAAGAGUAACCAAGAGAGUGAAGUUUGGGAAGGGUGGUCUGGAUGUCCAUGUCUUCCAGUUCCAUGGGAUGGUAUUACUUGUGGUUCCGUUGGUGGUUAUGCUGUCAUUACUGUAUUGGAUCUAUCGUCAGGUAUUCAGAGGGGCGGCUUUCUUAAAGGGCAAGUUCCUUCAAGUAUCACUAAGCUGGCCCAUCUAAGAGUCCUGAACCUUAGCCACAAUGACUUUACUGGCAACAUUCCAGCAUUUCUUCCUUCCUCCCUGUUGACCUCAGUGGAUCUGAGCUUCAAUGACCUUUGGGGAUCACUUCCAAUAUCUCUUAUCUCACUGCCACAUUUGGAUAUACUAAAUAUCAGUUGCAACCCUCAUGUCGCAAAAGAUAUUCCCUCCAGCUUCAAUGGCUCAACACUUACCAUGGGCCAAGAAAGUUGCAGUGCUCAAAAAGCUUCUAAUCAACGAAUCAUCAUUGGUGCUGCUGCUGCAUCUGGGUCUCUACUAUUAACCAUUGUAGUUGGGAUAAUUUUCUACACUUGGAGACGAAACUUUCUGCCUCAAGGAAAUUUUGAUAUGAAACAACAUCAUAUGACAAAGAAUUUAAUUUUUUCGUUACCGAGCAUGGAUGAUCUGGUUAUGAAGUCGAUAUCCAUAGAGACAUUUACUCUUGAGUACAUAGAGGCUGCUACCCAAAGGUACAGAACAUUGAUAGGCGAAGGAGGUUUUGGGUCUGUUUACCGUGGCACUCUAAUUGAUGGUCAGGAAGUGGCAGUGAAGGUCCGGUCAGCGACAUCAACCCAAGGAACUCGGGAAUUUGAGAAUGAGCUAAAUCUUCUGUCAGCUAUUCGCCAUGAGAAUCUUGUGCCCCUUCUCGGUUAUUGUUGCGAAAAUGACCAAGAAAUUCUGGUUUAUCCAUUUAUGUCCAAUGGCUCAUUACAGGAUCGUCUCUAUGGGGAAGCAGCAAAAAGAAAAAUUUUGGACUGGCCGACCAGACUCUCAAUUGCUCUUGGUGCUGCUCGAGGUUUGACGCAUCUUCACAAUUUUGCCGGUCGCUGCAUUAUACAUAGGGAUGUGAAAUCAAGUAAUAUACUUCUGGACCAUAGCAUGACUGCCAAGGUGGCGGACUUCGGUUUUUCAAAAUACGCUCCUCAAGAAGGUGACAGUUGUGCUUCUCUUGAAGUAAGAGGGACGGCGGGAUACUUGGAUCCGGAGUACUACAUGACUCAUCAUCUAUCAGCAAAAAGUGAUGUUUUUAGCUUUGGCGUUGUUCUGCUUGAAAUUGUUAGCGGACGGGAACCUCUGAACAUACACAGGCCACGCCCCGAGUGGAGUUUGGUUGAAUGGGCAAAACCCUAUGUAAGGGAAUCAAAGAUUGAUGAAAUUGUUGACCCGAACAUAAAAGGAGCGUACCAUGCCGAGGCCAUGUGGAGAGUAGUGGAGGUGGCAUUGUCAUGUAUUGAGCCCUUUGCCGCUUCACGACCAAACAUGAUGGAAAUCGUAAGGGAGCUAGAGGAUGCUCUGAUUAUAGAGAACAACGCAUCAGAAUACAUGAGAUCCAUAGAGAGCUCGGGAUCCAAUCGCUUUUCCAUGGUGAUGGAGAGAAGGAUUCCGCCACCCACUCCUUCAGAACCGUCAUCUAUUUUGUCACAAAUGGCUCCUCCAGAGCCAAGAUAGUGAAUGCUUUUCACCCGUCCUUUGUGAAUGAUUUGUUUUGUUGCCACGGAUCUAAUGGUAAAAAAUUUGUGUCAAAUCUUGUGUAAAAAAUAUGGUGCCACGGAUCUGCCCCCUAUAUAUAAAUCAUGUAACGUUGAUGUUAUGAAUACAAGGAAAACCAGUUUCUAAAA